AUGGGGGAGCUCCGGGCAACACCGGCCAGUCGGAUAACAACAAACGACAAGGCGGAGAUUAAGCGGCUGGUGGUGGUGGUACCCAACGAGACGUCCUUCCAAGGGCGGCGUGCAUACACCAGCGAGGACGAGGCAUGGCGGUCCUACUUGGAGAACCCUCUGACUGCAGCCACUAAGGCCAUGAUGAGCAUCAAUGGAGACGAGGACAGUGCUGCCGCUCUGGGACUGCUCUAUGAUUACUACAAGGUUCCUAAAGAAAAGAGAUUGUUGCCCAUCGCCAAAGUGGUUGAAAUUUCAGAGGAGCAGGAAAAGAGGGGAGCCUCGGGGACCAGCAUCAACGGCCAGCAGGGUGACAACAUACAGAUGGUGGACAACCGAGUCCAGGUGCUGAAGUCUGUCCCAGUCAACCUGUCCCUCAACACUGACCACCUGGACAAGAGAGUCAACAUGUCCCUCAACACUGACCACCUGGACAAGAGGGAGGAGUACGGGUCGGGGACGGGUGACGGACCUGGGGCUAUUGCCUUGGUGAAGGCAGAGAUGUAUGCCCCGGUGUUCAUGGGCCCUGGGGUCGGGACGGGGGUGCACUACCGAGUGGAGGGCGAGGAGCAGGGGUCAAGGGUCGUCUAUGAACAGAUGAGUCCGUAUGUGUCCGAUGUGUCAACAGUUAGUCACGGAGCAUACGUUAAGGAGGACCAGCGCAGCACGCCUGAUGACAGCCCGUAUGAAGAGGAGAGCGAUGUGAAAUACCACACACCCAAGUCUAUAGCACAGGAAGAGUUUAUCUUCGACCAACAAGUAGUGGAUACGUUUCAGUACAAGCUGGAAGCCACCAGGUCACUGCGUGUGAAGCAGGGGGAGGGGCCCAUGACGUACCUGAACAAGGGCCAGUUCUACGCUGUGACGCUCAGCGAGCUGGGAGCUAACAAACGCCUGAGACAUCCAAUCAGCAAAGUCAGGAGUGUUAUCAUGGUGGUGUUCAGUGAAGACAAGAACAGAGACGAACAGCUGAAGUACUGGAAGUACUGGCACUCCCGCCAACACACUGCUAAACAGAGAGUACUAGACAUAG